UUUAGGGUUUCACUUUCAUUCGUGUUCGUAUGGAGGAGGUGAAGUAACUCGAACGACGCUUCAACCAGAUGGUAUUCUCCUUCUUCCAUCUCGAGAGCCAAGUGGGCGAGGCGGUCGCCACACCGGUUGCCUUCUUUCCAUAUAUGUUUGAGGGUUUUCAGGACACCCUUUGCAUCAGUUUCCACAAUCAACUUCUUCACCCCCAAACGUUUGGCAAGAGUGAGUCCUUGUUUGAUGCCCCAAAUUUCGGUCGUGGAGCUGUCAUUCUUACCGAUGUUGACCAUGAAUCCAGAAACCCAAGCAGCUCUGGCAUCCCUGAGUCCCCAUGUCGCAGCUCUUUCCUUGCUGCUUGCUCUCCAUCGAUAUUGAGAAGUCAACAUCCCUCAGGAGGCUUGGAUCUCUGAUAACACCUAAUUUCUCCAUUUGUUUGGCAUUUUAAGUAUCUGUUACCAGCUUGUGAUCAUAUUGAUAAAUAUGGUUUGGGUUGUUGAUUUUAUAAUUAAACAGAGGGUUA